CUUACAUCCAAAUGCAAUGAAUGUCUCCCUUCAAUUGUGCCGCUAUUCCUGUGCUGAUGCGCCCUGCUGCAACUAUGGGCUGCAGGUUCGUCAAGCAGAUCUUAGAAAUCUAGCCUGAAAACUCUCAGUCUCACAUCAAUCCUGCACAAGGCUGCACGAUAAAUCGGUCUCGCCAGCAUCUUCCCCAACACUGUCUUGGAGAUAUGUGCUUCUCUCCGCGUUGUUUGUAUGCACCCUUGGACCUUUUUGAUUUUUGGAUUUCAUGAUGCUGCAACCGUAGGCUGCUGGUGAUCCUGAACGAAGAAGGACCAGCUUCCCUCACCCCCCCCAACCGUUGUUGGUUUACAGGGGGGUUUGGUCUUCAAUUGACACGGGCAAAGAAUUGAGAAAUAUAUAAGGGCGUGCGAUUCCCCAGAAGUUCAAUCACAACCUCUGCAGUCUUCAAAUCGUCACUCAUCUUUAAGCUUCUUACUUUUGUCUAUAUCUCCCACCACGCAUAUCAAGCCAGCUGCCAACACUCCACUCUGAUCAUGGCUCCAACAGAGAAUUCAAAUCGGCCUUUCGCAGUGCAAUCCAAGGCCAGCCACCCCACCCAGUUCCCCGACGAUGAGCGAUGAGGAUGCUAGUGAGAUUCUCGCCGCUAUGAAAAUGCACCCCACGUCUCCAGACCCUCAUCGGUCUGAAUUGUUGUCUUUCGCCCAACAGUUCUUGGACAUUGUCAAGUCUCUCAAUUCCGCGCAGAGCGCCCCCGCAGUGCCUGCUGCCGCAAACGACGUUGAAGCCAAAGACCCUCCAGCUCGGGCUUCCAAGCUUGAAUUUAAAGCGGUCAAUGAAGUUUGGGACGCCAAGGCAUACAAGUAUAAGGUCGUAGAAUCAGUCACGCCAACGGAUGAAGCAGAUGAACUGAAUCAAUAUGUGUUUGUGGUUCGUGGACGAAUUGACAAGGAUACGAAAAUCACAUACCAUGUUGAUAUCAAGUCAGAGAUGUUGCGAGAUGCAUUGAGAAACGUCUUAAAAGAUGCCCACGCAGUCAGUACAAAGGAGAACAAUCUUUCGGUUGAGCAAAAUCUCUUGUAUCACUACAUCCCCGAGCUUGAAACAUGCCGAAACUGGAAUGGCAUCGAUUUCCAGGACCAAGCUAGCGCGACGCACGUCAGUCUUCUUCUCAACUACCUGAAGGAGAAGUAUCCAGAACUCAAGUCACUUCUCAAGACCGGCGAGAUCACAUAUGACAUGCUCUGGGCACUGUUCAGACCGAACGGACCAGUAUUCACCACCUGCCACGGAACCCACAAGCCGCGUUGCGUGAGAUUCGAUUUCGGUGAGGAGAAGAAAACCAACUCUGGGUUCAUAUACUGGAAACUCGAGUGUCGAUAUCUCGAUUUUGAUGGGAAAGAAUAUGGAAACGUACCAAUCGAGCUAGGGAUCCCUAAAUUUCGCGGAACGAAACGAAUAAACCUCCUUGAAACGUUUCCGCUCCAGCAUCACCCGGACUCUAUUAAGGUAAAGGCUAACCUUAUUGAGAAUGGUCGGAAGUUCAUGUCCCUAAAUGGAUCCCACCAUCGCAAGUACAACGGCCUGGCCUUCUUCAUGGAUGACGGCGUCCCUGUGGAGUUUAAUGUCGAUGGCCGAGUUAUGAUUGAUGCAAAGUUCUUUCAAAAGAUCAAUCCCAACUAUUCCCGACUAAAGAUCACCGAGCCAAUCAAUUCACUGGCAGAAAUUGAUCUAUUUAAUAACUGGAUUGACAUUUCCAACAUUUGUGAUCCUGCAAGGGAGCCAGCCGUCUGGUCCAGUUACAAGCAGUAGUACUGUUGACCCAGCCGACGUGUCCGAGGACGACUUUUUGAUUUGCUGUCCCACGGUACGAGGGUUCAGCUUUGCAGACAAGCAGUGGGGUAAGAGUACCUUUUUCAAGAACGAAUUAUUGCAAACUAACUAUAAACUACAGCUGAAUUUGCAGUGGCUGACCUCGACGAAAUCCAGUGGUCCUCUGAUCCUUUCGAUUGUUUGGUGAUUAAGGAUGAGGACAGAGAGGUGAUCAUGGCCUUGUGGAGGCUCGCAAUGGUCAAGCCACCAAGAGUCGGAUUUCUCAUUCGAUGACUUCGUUUCAGGAAAGGGGCGAGGCCUCAACAUUCUCUUACAUGGCAACCCUGGGCUCGGAAAGACCUUGACAGCUGAAGCCGCAGCCGAGCAUCUAAAGAGGCCGCUGUAUUCGGUACGGUGCCUAAUCCCAUAUCGCAUUAAGAUGUGACUAUUUAGAUUUCUGCUGGAGAGUUAAGUACCGAUGCUGCAAAGUUGGAAGCACAGCUUAGUCAGAUCUUUCAGAUCGCAAAGAACUGGGGUGCUGUUCUUCUCCUAGAUGAAGCCGACGUUUACUUCGAGCGACGGUCAAACCAUGACCUGAUCCGUAACAGUCUGGUUGCGGUAUUCCUCCGCAAGCUAAAAUAUUGCGAGGGUAUCAUGUUUUUGACAACGAAUCGCGUCUCGCAAUUCGACGAAGCAAUCCUCAGCCGGGUACAUAUCACAUUGAGAUACGAUGACCUGGACAAAGAUACCAAGGAACAGAUAUGGAAGCAAUUCCUUGAUCGGGCCAACACCAGUCAAAGUCCCACCAAUGUUAGUCGGUCGGAGCUGAAGAGCUUGACUGCAGGCAAAUACAAUGGCCGCCAGAUCAAGAACAUUGUCGCAACAGCCCAUGCUUUGGCGACGAAGCAAAGGUGCUGCAUACGUUUCGCACACCUUCAAAGGGCUGUCGCAAUUAAUGAGAGAUUUGUGCAGGAGUUCUAUGUAGUGUGCGUCACGGGGGACCUACCCCAUCGGUCCCCCGACCCCAGACCGGACCAUGGUCCGGUCCGGUCUGAAGCUCAUAACCCACGGUUCCCCAUCGGUCUGCCAAGAAACCGGUCACGGGACUAGGGUUGGUUAACAAUCACGUGUAGAUAAUACGUAUAAUGACUUAUUUUCCAUGUGCAAUUUGUAGUAGAU